AUGCCGAGCGAAGAAAGAGUCGCGAUAGAAUAUGCAGAGAGCAUUCGUAGGCCUUCAUACAAUUCACUAGAGAAAGAAAUAGAGGCGCUUCGCAGCGAGUUAAAACGGUAUAAGGAAAUAGAGGCAAAUGAAGACGAAGACGAUGAGAAGGAUUUUAUAGAUUUGGAUCUUGAGAGAGAAGUUCAAGAAUAUCAAUCUUAUAAAAGAACAAUGAUCCUUGCGUUUUUUACAUACAUGCGUUUUCAUACAUGCGAAGAUUUCCGCUUGUCUAUCAUUGAAAACCAAGUCAAUUGCGAAAGAUGUCAGACAAAAUUCGACGAAGAUAAACAUAUGUUGGUAGAUAACUUUGAUAAAUGUCUCCAUUUUGUUGGAAAAUCAUGCAUUUUUGAUGCAUUCAAAAAACGAAAGCAAACCGAUUCCGAAGAGGCAAUAGCUGACGAUCUCGAACAAAAACUCAAAUGUCCGAUUUGCUCUGGCAUUGGUGUAAAGAAGAAAGAAGAGAGAAAAAAAUGUAGUCAGAAGACCAGUCUUAUGUAUUUCUCUGGCCUUAGUCGAAAAAAGAAAUUAGACGAAAUCAAGGAAUCGCAAAUUCUUUCUUUUUGGAAAACUCUUGAAACUGAAAAUAAACUUGAUGAUUGA